AUGUACAAAGUAACAUCCUGUUUAAGAAUCCGCUAUGCAGGUAUCAUGGGACAGUCCUGCUGUUCACCUGGUUUGGCCAGAUUUCAUGUGGGAAGGGGUGCAGUAUGUCAGAAAUCAUCUAUCAAAUACCGUCCCACAGACCUCCCAGAGAUGCCACCAUGCAAUUUCAAGCCAGUGGCGUACAAGGGAAUGUCAAAAGAGAGGAUGAUGGAGAUCCGCAGGCAGAACUGCAACCCCAUGACCAUGAAGAUUACCUACUUUAAGAGACCAGUAUUCAUCCACCAGGGACACAUGCAGUGGCUGUGGGAUGUGGAUGGGAAGCGAUAUCUGGAUCUGUUUGCCGGUGUUGCUACUGUCAGUGUGGGCCACUGCCACCCGAAGGUAACAGCAGCUGCAGAGCAGCAGCUGAAGAGACUGUGGCAUACUACUAACAUCUACGUCUACCCGCCUCUCCAUGAGUACUGUGAGAAACUAGCUUCCUACUUACCAGAUCCUCUCAAGGUGAUAUAUCUGACCAACAGCGGCUCAGAGGCCAAUGACCUGGCCAUGUUGAUGGCUCGACUCCACACAGGCAACUUUGAUAUCAUCACUUUUAGAGGAUCAUACCACGGUGGCAGCCCACAGACCAUGGGUCUUACCUCCAACUCAUCAUAUAAAUAUCCCCUUGCCACUGGUUCAGGCUGCUCAAAUACCAUGUGUCCUGAUGUGUUCAGAGGCCCGUGGGGAGGAAGCCACUGCAGGGACUCUCCUGUGCAGACCACCAGAGAGUGUAGCUGUUCCCAUGGUCAUUGCAUGGCAAAUGAACAAUACAUUGGACAGCUUAAAGAGACGUUUGCUACUAGUGUCCCCGGUCGAAUUGCUGCUUUCUUCGCAGAGCCUAUUCAGGGAAUGGGAGGAGCUGUGCAGUACCCUAAGAACUACCUCAAGGAGGCCUAUAAAGUUGUGAGAGAGAGAGGAGGGAUCUGCAUUGCUGAUGAGGUGCAAACUGGAUUUGGGCGAACAGGAAGCCACUUCUGGGGUUUCCAAGGGCAUGAUGUCAUUCCUGAUAUGGUUACAAUGGCGAAGGGCAUUGGUAAUGGGUUCCCAAUGGGAGCUGUUGUUACAACGCCAGAAAUUGCAGCUUCCUUUGUUAAGGCCUUUCACUUCAACACCUUUGGGGGAAAUCCUGUGGCUUGUGCAGUUGCUUCAUCAGUGCUCGAUACUAUCAAAGAGGACGGCACUCAGCAAAACAGUCUUGAUGUGGGCACCUAUCUGAUGACAGAACUGGCAAAACUCAGAGACAAGUACGAGAUUAUUGGUGAUGUCCGUGGAAAAGGCCUGCAGAUCGGUGUGGAAAUGGUCAAAGACAAGGCCAGCAGAGACCCACUGUCUCCAGAGGCAAUGAGUGAGAUCUUUGAGGACAUAAAGGACAUGGGAGUCCUGAUAGGGAAAGGAGGAUUAUACGGACAGACCUUCCGCAUCCAACCCCCCAUGUGCAUCACAAAGGAGGACGUAGAUUUCUUUCUGGCUGUUUUCAACAAGGCCAUUCACAGCUACAUGGAUAGAAAGUAAGGUCAGUGGCUGCCAAGGACCAGACCCUUGGACCCACUCACGUGGGAAAGGUGUAACGUGUUUUCUUUUAUAAUCUUGAAAAUGUUAUUCAUUUUGCUCUGUUGUAGAAAACCUUUGGUUCCUUUUGUAAAAGGGAACUUUUACCACUUAAUUGUGAUCUGGAUGUUGUGAUUACCAACACAC